AUAUCUCUAAGACGAUUACAGGAACAACCCUGAAACUCAAACCGAACUCUGCAACACUUUGUCUUCGAAUCAAAGUGGAAAUCUUUUAAAACGAAAGAGAAGCCGGAGCUGGCGAAUUCAUUGAUAGAUUCUUUGGGGAAAAGGCAGGUGGCAUUUUCCAGAGUAAGCUAAGGUCAAUGUUGCAUGCAGUCUCUGCCCCUAACACUAGCAUUUUCUGUCCAAGAAGUCUUCGGUUUCCUCAAAAGCAUCUAGUUUCAACAAGCCUUUGUGUGCAUGCCUCAUUGCCAGAUGACAAUGGUAGAUUUAAAGUGGAGUACACACCUUGGUUGAUUGUUGGUUUGGGUAACCCUGGGAAUAAGUACCAUGGAACCAGGCACAAUGUUGGUUUUGAAAUGAUUGAUCACAUUGCUCAAGCACAAGGAGUAUUGAUGAAUACAAUUCAAUCAAAGGCAUUAAUUGGAAUAGGUUCCAUUGGUGAAGUACCAAUUUUGUUGGCAAAACCUCAGGCAUACAUGAAUUUCAGUGGGGAAUCAGUUGGGCCACUUGCUGCACAUUAUCAAGUACCCUUGCGGCAUAUCUUAGUGAUUUAUGAUGAGAUGAGUCUGAUGAAUGGUGUUCUGCGACUCCAGCCAAAAGGAGGCCAUGGUCAUCACAAUGGGUUGAAAAGUGUUAUGGGCCAUUUGGAUGGUUGUCGUGACUUUCCUCGAUUGUCUAUAGGAAUCGGAAAUCCUCCUGGUAAAAUGGACAUGAAAGCAUUUCUUCUACAGAAAUUCAGCUCCGAGGAGCGGAAACAGAUUGAUCUGGCAUUAGAACAAGGAGUUGAGGCAGUGAGAUCGUUGGUGCUCAAUGGAUUCAGCAGCAAUGUCACUAGAUUUAAUAUGGGACAGAAGUACAAGUAUCACAAAAUAUGACCAUUCAAUUUAAUAUGGGGCAGAAGUACAAGUAUCACAAAGUAUGACCAUUCAAAACCAAGAAUACGAAAUUUAGAUACCCCAAACGAUCAAUUCUCUUGUAGCUUUCCAUGUUUCUUAUGCCAUAUAGAUUAUCUGUAAUUAUGUAACUGCUCUAAUGGAGCUUCAAAAAUUUCUCUUAUGAAAUUGUUAAACGAUUCCUUUGAAUUAUUAACAUAUGGCAUUAGACAUUA